UAAGUAACUACGCAGUUUAAAUAUGGAGAGGAUUAGGAAAGAUUGCUGAUUUUGAAUCAAGAAAAGAGAAAAAUUAUCAUCAUUUCAAAAUUACAAUAGAACAUGUCGAAUGAUCUUCCUAGAAUCAUCAGAAUAAUGAAAUCGCUCAUCAGAAGCUUUUUCAAUGUUCGACAUUUCGAGCUAUGGAAUGAAUGUUUCAAGCACCAGAGUAUACACAGACUGUGUCAGCGAGACUGUCAGAAGUUCUUGCUGAUAUAGGAGUGGAUGAGAGGGUUGUGCUGAAGCGUAGAAGAACAUGCCUGCUGAAUGAAUCUAUGGGUAUAAUAUUAGGAACAAAUCCAUUUUCUUCUGUAUACCUUGUAGGUAGCCGAUCAGAAGGCACAACUACAUUGGGAUUUAAUUCAGAUAUUGAUGUGCUUACGAGUUGUCAUAACUUUAACAUAAUACAAGACUUAAGCCACUGGCAACCAGGUGUCAUAAAUCAUUUGAUGAUCCAGGAUGAGACUGUAUCACCUGGCCACUGUUUGCUACAGAGUCUGAGGAGUGAUGUUCCCCUUCCAUUUUUCGAUUGUGUACUUAAUAAAUACCAUGUUAAAGACAGGGCAGGGAGAAUACUAUUAACAAAUAGAAUAAUAUCUGACAUAACUAAAGCAAUGGUAAGGCUUUUCAGAUGGGAGGAAGGAGUACAACAUGGUCCAGCAGUUACACCACCUAGACAACCUUCGGGUUAUGACAUAGACUAUGUUAAUGCUUACCCCUGUAAAUCAUGGCCUCAACAAGCCAGACAAUGGUUAAAUCAGCAAGGAGUAGGUCAGUGGCCUUCAUAUGAUAUGAGGAGAUAUUGUAGCAGAACCGGAUGCUUUGUUGUUGGAGUUGGAAACAAAAACGGUGACAAAGAGGAGUUUGAAUGGAGAAUAUCAACAUCCCUUGCGGAAAGGUGUUUAAUGUUUAAUCUCAAUAUCACACAGAUUCGGUGCUAUGUGUUGAUGAAGAUGAUAUCAAAAACUUACAUUAAGCCACACUAUGAAGAUACCAUUUCAAGUUUCAUGUGUAAAACAGUUCUGUUCAAAGUAAUUGCAAAUACACAUUCAAAUUUCUGGAAAGAAAAUAACUUGCUUAGCUGUCUAUCAAUGUGUCUAUUUGUCCUAUACAACUGUAUUUUGAAUCAAAACUGUCCACAUUUCAUCAUACCAGGAAAUAAUUUGAUGGUAGGGCAUAUUAAUCAUGAAUCUAAGCCUCACCUUCUUGAAAUAAUGCAGUAUAUUAUACACAGUGAAGGUAAAGCAUUACUGGGAAUUGAGUGUGAUGAUCUUUGUGCAAGGCUUAUGACAAAGUUGAAUAAUUUAAUAUGCCCAUACAAAACAAGUGACGUUGUUACAGGAAACUUACUUAAACAAACUGCAGUAGAUAUUACUAUAAACAUAAGACCAUGUCUAUCAUUUAUUAGCAAUGCCAGUUAUGAAGUGGCUAUUGGAACAUUGCUGAGGUAUCUUUUCAAACUAGUCACUGCUUCUAACCAACGCCAAGGAUUGGCCAGAACAGCUUGCAGCCUUCUUGCUCCAUCUUUCUGUACAACAAUAGGAUCAAUCCUGGCAUCCUUCAGUAUUCAACAGUACAAUGGUAUAUCAGAAGAAGCUCUAACCUGGAUCUCACUAGGUCUGAACACUGAUGUUUCAUCUGGAAAACUGAAGCUAGCAUCCAUGUUUUACUGUAUUGGGGAUAGUCAAAGAACGGAGAUUGUACUCGGGAAUAUUGAAGGAAGCUAUGAUCACAAUAUCGUUGAGCCUAUUUGUGGAUGCUAUAAUUACAUCCAUCGACCCAAGAGAAGAGGGUUCAAUGCAUUAUCUGCCAAUCAUAAUGAAGAAGCUCUACAGUACAAUGCAGCCUUUUGUGUCAAAUUUCUGCCAUGUGAAAUUAACUGCAUUCCAUCUGAACUACAGUAUGAACUGUUCAGAUCUACAGGAGAGGAUCUUGCUUUCAGAAGAAUACAUGACUACUGGAUGAAUUGGGCCGUUGUUGAUUCCCUAUCUUUCCUGUACUUUCUACAAUACAAGACCUACAGGUAUCUUGAGAGACAAGAUGACAAGCAAAGAGCACUUUCCAACCUUAUCAGGACCAUUGACCAGGAAAAAAACCUUGGACACAGGGAAACAGCUCUGAAUCUUCUUGGACAAUGUAUGGAACACGAGAACCGAGCAGCAGAUGCUUUACAUUAUUAUUCGUUAUCCCUAAAUGUAAGGGAAAGAAACAAUGCUGCUAAGAUCCAUAUAUGUAGGCUUCUAUCCACUUUGGUAAAUGACCAUGCUCGUAACCAGUAACUCCUGUGAAGUUUCAUCGAAAAGAGAUAUUGACGUAUAAUUUCACGUAUCAGAAAUUAUCCAUAUCAGGAGGCCCAAAUGGGCUUAAGCCGAUCACAUAAAAAUGCUUUUAUCUUUUGAUCUUGUAAGUUUUAAUAUCUGACAAUUUGGACCUGGGAAAAGAAAUACUUAAUUUUCUUUUGUUUCCCAUAUCCUAUUGUUAACUCUGGUUAUAUAUACAUCCACUUUAUAAGUCACUAAAUAGAACCAAAUAACUAAACGCUCUCAGGAAAAGUUUUCAAAUGUUAAUUCCACCAAAAGAGAUACUACAAAUGGCAAGAUCCAGACUUUGGCCAAAAUUUAAACAGUAUAGAGCUUCAAAUCCAAGAUCCAAAGUAAAUAUAGUAUAUCCGGCAAAAUUCAUUGCAGAUGGCAGAGUAAUAUAUGAUGAAUUUCCAGACUGGAGUUUCUACAUGCAGAGCAACAGAAUACAGAACAUUGGCUUUAUAAGUAAUCAUAUAUCACGUGGUACUGGGGCUCAUCAGGACCCAUGUGGUACCGGAUAUGUUCCCUAUAACAACGUAACGUACAUGCCCCGCCCCAGUCAUUUAUAUACCCGACAAUUCCAAACACUCAAAGGGUGCCAGCUACGCACCAGGGAUUCUCAUCCGGAGCUGAAAUGAGAAAUGUAUACCCUCCUGCUCGAUCUCAUGCCAGUCAACAAACAGGAACCACAUCAGGUAAUGCCCAGCGACCAGAACACACCCGCGAGUGGAAAGGAGCACCAGACACGAAUAGAUCUUUGUUUUUAAACGGCUCAUCGGAAAAUUCUGCGGACACGUCUAGUAGAAAUGCUCACACAGACUGUGACCAGUCCCUUUUAGAAAGAACGAUACAUGAUAUCCAAUACCCCACAACUGUCAGUGCCCCCGAUGACAGAAUAAACACUCUGUGUCAAAUUUCUGAAAGUUUCUCUACCGAUCAUGUAACCCCAUCAGUACCUGAAGGAGUUUUAUCUCAAGGACUAAGUGUAAGCACUUUAUAUUCAAAUGAUUUAUACUGUAAUGAAAAAACUCAGAAUCUCAGUCAUUCGUCAAUAAAUUGAUCAUGUGACUCAGAAUCUCAGUCAUUCGUCAAUAAAUGGAUCAUGUGUACCAGAUGUAACAGUGAAGUCUGUCACCCAUGAAAAUAUACAACCGUUAACUGAAAUGACCGCUACAAAAGAAUGUGCGACUGUUUCCCAAGGCACGUCGCUGUCUAACACAGAAAUACAGAGAAAAUCACAAGAUCAAGGUCAUGUAAAUAAUAAUGGUCUCUUAUUGCUGGAUUUUUGUAAACAGACUGGUUUAAGAAUUUUGAACGGUAGAAUAGGAAAAGAUUCUGACAUAGGUAAAUUUACUUUUAUAAAUAAUCCUGGAUGCAGUGUGAUUGAUUAUGUUUUAUGCAAACAAAUAUUAUUUAACUGUAUUGAAAAAUUUGAGAUCGAUGAUCCAAAUAUUUUGUCGGACCAUUGUCUUGUAUCUUGUUCAUUUUGUUUGAAUAGCUUAGAAGAUAUACUAUUAGAUGGUAACUGUAGUGAGGAAUGUGAAAGUAUAAAUUCAAAAUAUGUAUGGAAAUCUGAUAUGAAUGAGCAUUUUCUUGAACAAUUAGCGAGUACUGAUAUUACAGAAAAACUCAAAUGAAAUAUCGUCAUGUAUUUCUAAUAGUGAUAUAGAUACAUGUUUGAAUGAAUUUCAAGAUAUUGUUGGUAAGGUUGCUAUGCCGCUUUAUAUGAAAAAAUAUUAAUAGUACAAAGAAUCAAAAUAUUUCUAAUACACUGAAAAAAAUCAGCCUUGGUUUAACGAAGAGUGCUACGAGAAAAAAGUAUUUUUUAAGGUGUUGAAUAAGUUUCGUCAAAAUCCAACGGACGUUAACCGAGUGAAUAUGGUAACAGCUAGAACGGAGUACAAGAUUUAUAUUAGAAAAUGUAGAUUUAAUCAUGAUAAAGAGAAAACCUCCAAGUUGUUAAAUGCUAGAGUUAAGAACGCGAAAUUAUACUGGGCUAUGUUAAAAGAUGCAGGAGGCGUGGAACAAUCAAAUAUACCAUUGUCAACCUUUGAAAAAAUAUUUUAAAGCGGUUAACAAUCCGGAUGAUAGAUUUUUCUGUCCGAAUGAAGAUAUUUUAUUCUUCAAUGAAAGGUCAAAAUGAGGAGUUUAGUAUUAUGUUUGAAGAGCUUAAUGACUCGAUUUCUACUGAUGAAAUACUGUCCGCUAUUAAACAACUGAAAAAUAAGAAGUCCGGAGGUCCAGAUUUAUUGUUAAACGAGUUUUUUUUUAUUGUUGGUAAAAACACACUUGUUCCUGUCUUGUAUAUACUUUUUUAAUAAGAUUUUUGAAAUGCGUUAUUUUCCUGAAAAAUGGUCAGAUGGUUUUGUCAUUCCGCUACAUAAGAAAGGUAGUAUUAAUACUGUUGAUAAUUAUCGUGGUAUAACAUUGUUGAGUUGUCUUGGAAAACUCUUUACACGUAUCAUUAAUAACCGAUUGAAAAGUUGGGCUGAAUAUUACAAUGUAUAUGUAGAGGCACAGGCUGGAUUUAAUAUGAUCUAAUAUGAGUACCAUUGUCAAUGUCUUUGUAUUGAACGGUUUUGAAUCAGGGGAAACAACUUUUUACAGUGUUUAUAGACUACACAAAAGCGUUUGAUUAUGUUGUUAGAGAUAAUUUAUGGUAUAAGAUGAUAUAAUUAGGACUUCGUGGUAAAAUUUUAGAUAUCAUAAAAACCAUGUGCCAAUCAGUCAAGUCACGUGUUAAAUAUUUAAAUAAACUUAGGGGAAUAUACAUAUAUGCUCGGGGUCAGACAAGGGGAGUGCUUAUCUCCCUUUCUCUUUACACUUUUCAUAAAUGAUCUAGAAGACGUCUUUAUUCGCAGUGGCACAGAGCGGAUUGGUGUUAAUAUGUUUAAGAUAUUUUUCCUAUUAUAUGCAGAUGACAUUGUUAUUUUUUCUAAUUCAGCAGAAGAAUUACAACAUAGUCUUUUUGUUUUAAGUGAUUAUUGUAGAACGUGGCAACUUAAAGUAAAUACAGCAAAAACAAAAGUUAUGAUUUUCAGAAAAGGUGAUAUGUUACCAAAAAAAUUAUGUUUUUAUUAUGAGGGUGAACCAAUUGAAAUUGUUAAUAAAUUCUCAUAUCUAGUAGUAGUAUUUACAUGUGGUGGUUCCUUAAGUACAGCCCAAAGUACUUUAGCUGGUCAGGCACAGAAGGCCAUAUUUAAGUUGAACAAAUACUUGUACAAAUUUGCAUGUAUACCGCCUAAACAUAAAUUAGAGUUAUUUGAUAAACUAGUAAUGCCGAUAUUAAGCUAUUGUAGUGCAGUAUGUGGUUUCGCAAACGAUUUGUCUUUAGAAAGAGUGCAUUUACGAUUCAGUAAAAGUCUUUUAGGUGUGAAAAAACAACACAAAAUGAUUUUGUAUAUGGUGAGUUGGGCAGAACAUCUGUGAAAGUUACACAUAGUUAUAAAAUUAUUGAAUAUUGGUUGAAAACUGUAUAAAUACCAGAAAACAAAUAUAUUAGAAUGGUAUAUAAUAUGUUAAAAGCUGAUUUUGAAAGUGAUCACCGAGAAGUUAAUUGGUGUUCUAUGGUAAAAAAUUUACUAUGUACGCUUGGAUUUUAUACAGCGUGGUUGGAACAAAAUGUUGGUGAUGUAGAUUUAUUUUUAAAAUUAGUUAGACAAAGAUUAACAGAUCAAUUUAUUCAAAAUUGGCAUAGUAGAUUAAAUGAUUCUAGUAGAGCUUUGUUUUACAAAAAUACUGCGUCUUUCAAUUUUCAAACAUAUUUAGACUGCUUUUCAGUAAAUGAAUUUUGUCAAGCAUUAGCUAGGUUAAGAGUUUCUCCGCAUAAGUUACAAAUCGAGUCUGAAAGAUGGAUAAAACCAAUACGUAUUCCUGUAAAUGAAAGAAAAUGUUGCAUUUGUAAUGUGCUUGAAGAUGAAUUUCAUUUUGUAAUUGAAUGUCCAUUAUACAAUGAUUUACGGAAACAAUUCAUACCGUCUUACUUUUGGAAAAGACCAAACAUGUUGAAUUUUAUAGAUCUGAUAAAGUCUGAAAAUAGAAUCGUGAUAAAGAAGUUAGGAAUGUAUGUUCACAAUGCAUUUACCGUAAGAAAUGAAUAUAUGUUUAGACGUUAGGGCUAGAAAUUGUUGUAUAUCUUGUAAGUUAUGUAAUUACGUUAGAUGUUUUGGUUGUAUGGAAAUAUUACUCCGGUUGCAAAGACUUAGUCAUAUCGUUUGAAAUGUAUGUUAUUACUUCAUUGUCUCUGUGAGACACAUCCCUUAAAGAUCAAUUAUACGUAUGAGAAUAGCCAACAUGUUAACCUUUACGUCUUUCGUUUUCGAUAAAGGUCGACUGUAGUUGGAGUACUAUUCCCAUUAUACGCUAGAUACACCUGUUACGUCAUAUUAGAAUUACGUAUUUUCCUGUUCCUUUUAAUUUAAUAAUUCUCUAAAAAUGUGAAUAACGUAUUAGUAUAUAACACUUUGUACUGAUAUGAAUGUAACUAUCUCCGACAUGCAAUGUAUGAUAUAUGUAUGUACUAUGUAUUUGCAUUUUUCUCUGUUCGUCAUACAUGUAUUGAAAUGUUGUCCUCAUGGGCUUAUGAGCCUAAUGGAUCUAAUAAAUAAACUUGAAACUUAUAUUAUACAGAAUAAUGUUAGGCAUCCCCAGCUUUUAUUAUAUUUGACUGGCUUAUCAUAGUAGGUUGUCCCCCUUGAAAAUUAUCCGAUAAUCAAUAUUGGUUUCCCUAUUGAGGCCUAACUAAACUAAAGGAACCAGCGUGGGAGCCAUCUUGUCUAGUCGCGUAAUGGCUGCCAGGAUUUGGAAUACUAUUUUUUCACUUGGCAUGGCAACAGAGGUCUAAAUUGAGGCUAGUUUCUGUUUAAAUUUCAUUGUGGAUGUAUUAUUGACAUUUUGGUAGGUGAAUUGGGAGAGCAGGUUGUAUUUGGUGAAGUCAAGCUCAAUUUUAGUAUGAGUAGUACUUCCAGGUCACAGCAGUGUGAUCUUGAUGUCAGUUUACAGUAGGCAAAUGUGAUCAGAGAAAUCUGUCUUAGAAGAUACAUGACCCCCUACUUUUCUCUUCAUUUUAUAUCAGUUUUAUCAUAACUCUUUAAAAUGAGGUAAGGAUUUGUUCUCUGAAAUGGGUCAAGCUAUGUUUGGUAGCUCUUUGAAAAAGGUCAGUUUUAUAUAGAAUAUAUAGGGAAAACUAUUUAGGCUGUUAUGACCUUGAUAUUACUUUGAGCAAUAGAUUAUACAGGAAAUUUAUUUUUAAUGAUUAAUUUCCAAUAUGUCUUUUGGUUUGUGAAUAUUUUACCAGAUAUGACAGUAAACUUCAAUUUCUUCUCUUCAAUUUAAUGUGAAAAUAUUUAUUCUAACUGAACAUCUUCUUGCUUCCAACAUUGUUUUAAAAGUAUCACCGUCGCUUAUAUUGAACAUAUAGUGAAAAACAGUAAAUUGUCAAUUUCUUUUACUUUAGAGGCAAAUAAAUCAUAUUUUCCAAAGAUGACAAUUUAUUAUCACAUAUGUAGGUAUUCUUGACUUUAUAAACAAUACAACAAUAUAAUUUUAAGUGUCAUAGGGUAAAGGCUUCUUGCUUCCAGUUUAUUUCAAAGUAUAUCAAGAAAUAAAAACUUGUGGAUUUCUUAAAGUUGUGAUGUAACGUAAACCGUGUUAAUUUACGGAACUGCAUGUACCAACAACUGACGUACGAUUCAAUAUAGUCUUUUGAAAUAAUAACGUUCAUAAGUGUCUAAUUAGCAAAAGAAAAGAAAAGAAAAGAAAAGAAAAAAAUGAUAAGAACAGAAUAGAACAGAGCUUUGAGUUUUUACCAAACUGUUUAUGAGAACAAUAAGAGUCAAUAUAAAGUAUACAUAAUUUCCGACUGAAAGCUAAAUAUCUUUGGAAUAUGGAAACACUUGACGACAGGAGAAAAACUACUUCAAAGAAUAAUUUUCUAACGAAAAAGUGUAAUUUUCAAGUUCAUUGAAAGCUGAUAAGGUGAGAGAAUGUGUACAUUUAUUUAAACAAAAGACCCAGCAUAAUUUCCACGAUGUGCAAAGAAAGGGUGAAAUUAACGGACCCGCAAUAUGUCUAUUUUAGAAAUGAAAUCCAAGCUUGAAAAAAAUGGCAUGCUUUCCAUGAGUUUGCACGGUAGGAUUAUCUCUUUAGUUCGGCCUUCAUUUUUUUGUUACGGUUUUGUUCGUAGAAAGCAUGAAAAACAGCCACCUUUACAGCAAAAUACUUUAGUUUUCAGGAUAAAAUUGUAUAGUAUGUACAAACACAUAUCUGAAUGACAUAUUUGAUUUAUGUAUAAUCAAGUAACUUAGACACUAUAAAUAAGCAGACAGGAUGAAUCAGAGUUAAUUGUUUAAAAAAGAUGAGUUAGGAUCUCUAUGAUACACAUACACUAAUGCUGAUCAGAAAAGAAAUCAGAUAUUUGAUUCAUAAUUCAAUAGAUUCUUCUUUCUUUGAUUUCAAUGGAAAACCUUGGAUCAAGACCAGUUAACAAAACAUGUUUUGUUUGUUUGUUUGUUUUGGGUUUAACGCCGUUUUUCAUCAGUAUUUCAGUCUUGUAACGGCGGGCAGUUAACUUAACCAGUUUUUCUGGGUUCUGUACCAGUACACGCCUGUUCGCCGCAAGUAACUGUCAACUUCCCUACAUGAAUCAGAGGUGGAGGACUAAUGAUUUCAGACACAAUGUCGUUUAUCAAAUAGCCACAUACGCCCCGCCCGAGGAUCGAACUCACGACCCCGCGAUCCGUAGACCAACACUCUUACCUACUGAGCUAAGCGGGCGGGCUUGAUAAAACAUGUGUGUGUGUGUGUGUGUGUGUGUGUGUUUUAGUAACAUGUGUGUUUUUUAAGUUUGUUAAAUUGCUCGGGCUUUUCUUUGCCAUUGCCUGUCAUGCUUAGUUUAUUACUUUAUUUUAUCAUGUUUUAAAGAGUAAACUUCUAGGCAUGAAAGUUAAACAAAAGUACCGUUAUAUGGAGAAGAAAAAUCAGUCAAAAUGGGAAUACAAGUAUCUUCACAGAAGUUUCGUUUUUCUCGAGGAAAACUAUUAUGUAUACAUGUGUUUGUGGGAAAGCUCGUUGAUGAAAUAAUUUUCAGAUUUCAAUGUUUGGCGGGAUUCAAAGUUUCAAAAGAAAUGAAAUUUAUUUAAAUGUUUUCGUUUUCUGUUACAUGACAACACGAAUUUCGCAAUGUUCAUUUUUAUAAGCUAACAUAAUGUUUCGUUACAGAAACGUUUUAUAUCUUUACAUGAAUAUCACUUCUAUAUGAAUCUAUAAAACAACGUGAUUUAUACACUGGC